ACUUAAUCGGCAUGGGUGUAGUCAUACCAAAAGUUGUAUUCUUUAAUACGGAGACCUUCUUUGAAGAGAUCCAUCACAUUCAAGAGCUGCAUUUACAUGAUGUUUCUAUUCAGGUUGUAUCAAAACUUUUGGAUCACGGUUGGCAGCUUCCAACAGGGAACAUUAGGUGCUUGAGAAUGGAUGUUGCAUGGGAUGCUAAACAAACCCGUCACACUUAUCUAGAUUUACCUCUGUGUACUCUAGUCAUUCUAAAUGCUUCUCCAACCAUUGACACUUUGAUCAUAAGUUGUGAUUAUCCGCAAGUGUUGGAGGACAACUGGACCCAAUUAGCAAAGGAGAAGUGUAAUGGCAAUUUCAUAAAUUUGAAGUUUAUCAAGUUAAUCAACGUGGUGGGAGAUUCAAUUGGUGAUCCCAUCAAGUCUUUGGCCCAAAUACUUUUGGAGAGAACACCAGCUUUACAAAAAAUGGAAAUGUGGUUCAAUGUUCGAGAUAGAGAUGACUUCAUGAAAAUAAGCCAAAUCGUGCAUGCCUUCCCAAAGUCCUCAACAGAGGCUUUAAUGUUGCUUCAUUAGAUUGAUUACUUUUUGUGUGUGUGUGAGUGGAUUACUUUUAUGUUUUAAUUUUCACAUUUUACAUGGAAAUAUGUUAAGACAUGAGGUUCCAUCCUAAAAGCUCAACCAUGUUAGGAGGAGUAGUCCAUGUAUUAAUAUAGCACUUUAUUUAUUCAAAUCUUUUCGAUGUGAAACCUUAUAAACCAUUCCUUAUGACAAUACACUUCGUUUGGAUUGUGCUAUCAUUAAUUUGUUUUUUCAUCCGGC